AGGCUAGGUGAUUAGUUCUUGUUGUUUUUUGUGCGGCGCUCGUGAGAUCGAUUCAUUGAUUUGCAUUGAUUCUUGACUAGAAGGUUGAAGCUUCCCCCAUGAAUUUAUUGACAGUUCUUCUUACUCUUCCUGAAAAGCAUGAGCUAGAUCUCUAUUGGAGAUCAUUUCCAAAGUCGAUGUUUCCUGUGCAUGCGAAAAGAAUCCGACGUUGUAAUCCCAGUCGAGUCGGAGCAGCGGCAAAGCUCUCCUGAACAUCAGACGGCGAGAAAUUGCAGAAAAAAAUUAAUCGAGGAGAUUCUGUACUCUUCUCGCUAAGUAUUGCGGUUUCGACUGCGCUCGAAGUGUCACGCCUGAACUCAUCGUAACGUCAGUGAUUUCGACCGAAAAAGAUGUUCCGCUUUAUGAAUCAGCAGGCCCUACAGGGCUUGCUCGACGAGCAGAUCCGGCAGAUUCAGACAGCAGGUCAAGCGGCUUCCACCGUGCUGUCGUUUUUCAUCUUAUGUUUCAUGGGGAUGAUAAGGAUCGUUAGACUUCACUUGAAGAUUUAUGACGCCCUCAUCCAUGAGAAAAGCAAAAGUGGUGCAACCACGGCUAUUUAUAAAGAUAAAUAUAAAAAAGAGCAACAUUUUUGACCCGUCACUGUUCGUAAGCUUCGAAACUUCUAGUGGCUAAUGUUGGGAAGACCCACAAAGGGAAACUCAUCAGUUAUUCUUCUAAUGCCUCGCAUUGUGUGGAGUGUUGCGGACCGCAUUAUUAUGCCGGUGAUGAGCAACUACGAGCAGCGAUCUUGUUUUAUUGGGUUCUGGCAGCUGUUGUCGUGCGAGCAAUUGCAGUUCCUAGCCUUGCGGUCACUUGUCGCGAACCAUCGGGUCUACAACUUGUUGCACGUUGGCACGCUCGCGAACGCAGCACCGCUGGCUUACGCCUACUACAGGAUUUCGAGUGCUAUGCCGUGUCCAAGGAUACAGCAGAUGAUUGUACGCGUGGCACUCGCCGCGUUAUUCGCGGUAGCUUUUGCGAUCUCCUAUAUGGCGUACAAGAACUUUUUUUUGGCUUUGGGGUAUGGCUUUGUUCUGCCCUCGUGGCUCGCGGUCGCGUCGAUGCUCAUGCAAGUGCAGAUGCACACGAGGGGAAACACAACGUUCAACCCACUGACAAACUAUCCCGUCAUGGGCCUCCUUGGAGGCGUGGCACAGUUCUUCAUGUUGCGUAGUAUGAAGACGCUCUACUACACCGACGCGUUGAUGAUUACUUUCGUCAUGGAUCACGUCUCGGCGGCCAUUGUUGGUACCUUUCAUUUUGUUGAAAAAUAGAAGGGCGGGCCUUGUAUUGGCAAGAAGCUGUAGAUAUCUCUAGAGUUGUAUGUGAAAGGGGCACGAAGAUUUAUUUUGAGGGCAUCAUUCAACAGAAAACCUCCAUCUCAAAUAAAUCUUUAUAAAAUAUUUAUCCAGGUUCGUAUUACGUGAGCGAAGAGCGCAAGGAGUUUCAUUACAAGUACAUCAAGGACUACGCAUUGCUCUUGGUCCUGAUGAUGGUGUAUUUCUACGGUGAACGUUUGCCUACUGAGGUGGGCGUGGCUGAUGUGGGCUACGAAGAAUCCAUUUACAUCUUUGCAGCAGCAAGGUUCAUUUUGAUCGCACGCGCGAUGUGGGUGAAGAAACGCAUUGCCGAUUUCAGCGGGAGAGCCGAAAUCAAAUUUCCCUCCCUCGAAAACGUGAACACGCUGUUUGUGCCAAGAGGCUGCACUCUCGUCAGCGGUUUUGACACCACCGCACCAAGAAAGCAUCGCUUUGAACUGUUUCCACAGCCCGUGCUCUGGCAGAUGGACGCACUGUGGGACAGUGGCCUAAUGGACGACAUGAUGCACGGGACCGGUCCAGGGGCGACGAUCAUGAUGUACUAUAUUUUGAAGUCUCCUCGACCUAGCAGUUAAUGUAGUAAGUUUGAAAUAAAAGUCUUCGCAAAAACUUCAACUUGUGUCAUUUCCCAGCGUAGCUAGCAAUGGUCAAUCAGAGUAGGAUUCACUCACUGUGGAUUAUCACUUACUUCACUAUUCUUACUACAGACAUGUGCUGAGCGAUUUUGUGUUCACUGCGCCCUUCUUGGCCGUGAUGGCCUGGCAGUUCGAGUUCAGCACAUUGGCAUUUGGUUUUUUGCCUCCCGCAAUGGGAGCCGUUGCCGGUGUCCCGAUCGGAACCAUGGCUGGGGAGGUGCAGAAACUUGAAGCCGACGCGAAAACAGCCUACCUAGAGGAGCAGAUGCAAUCAGACGUGAACGCGAGCGACGAAUAUCCGAGCAGCGAGGUUCUCAAGGCGGUGGGAUACUUUCUGCUGUACUGUGCAAUCAAGUUCAUGUAUCCCUUCACGGUUAGCAAGAGCUGCUUUGAUCGCGGUUCCUCGCCCCCUGAUUGGGCCGCGCGUCCACUCUAUCUGGCAGCGGUGUACUUAUGACUUGAAAACAGAACAGGUCAGCUACAUCUUUAUCGUGUUAUUACACGCUAGAAUAUCUUCCGCCAUUUUCAAGGCUGUUUUAAGCUAGACAGUGAAAAGGUGCAUAGUUGAAUGAGAGGGACCCUGACAUGCUUCACUUGGAAGUCAGUCUGAUUCCGCCAUUUUCAAGAUUGUUUUAAGCUAGACGGUAAAAAAGUGCAUAGUUGAAUGAGAGGGACCCUGAUAUGCUUCACUUGGAAGUGAGUCUGAUUCGUGCCUGCUAAUGUCUUUUCUGUACGAUGUGAUUAUUCUUUUUGCCGGUGGUGACGCGAUGUCCAAUCGCUUUCCUCGUUUUCGGCUCCUGGUGGCCAUAUCCCUCUUCUGCUUCGUGGCGCUGCUGCGCUCCAACUAUUACAAAUAUUUCAAGAAGAAGUACUACCUGCUCGCUACGCGAUACUUGCACUACAUGCAGCCGAGUUGUGUGCGCAGUGGAGCGAAAGAGCUGCUUGUCGAUUUUGCAAACAACGUGGCGGUGGAGGAUUACGGAAACCUCUUGCUGGACUGCGUAAUCACACAUGGCAACAAUCUGCAACAGAUUGCUCACACAAGCGGAUAUCGCUUUUGGGACCCUCGACCCAGCGCUACAGCGGCGUGGAAAAUGGCAGGUUCCUUAGUCGGUCGCGGUAUCGCGGAGCAGAAGAAAAAAGCGAGUAGAGAGCUGAACGUGAAAUUAUGUUGUUGAAACGUCAAUAACCAUGACUCAGUUACUACACUAAUCUCGUUUGCUCGAUCCUGAUGAAGAAUCAAGGACUGAUACGAAUCGAGUUGUAGAUGGUAUGCGAGUAUGAAGGUCUUAGGUAUUUGUGCUCACUCUUUUUUAGAAGAUGAGGAAUUCCACUGAAGUUUCUGAUCUAAUCAGUGCGCAGAUGAUCCAGUGGAUUUCGGAUAUGAUUUAUCAAUGCGCUAGCGAAGCCGUGGACAGCGCAACAGGGCAUGGUAAGAGGUACAUGUUGUGUGCGGCGCACGCGAACGUCGGCGCGAAAGAGCGGGUCUUCCAGCGGUUGCGCAAAUUGGUGCAGCAAAGCCGUACAAAGAAAGCUCUGGUGCGGGAUGGUACUUAUGCGCGUGCGCCGCUGGUUUUGGCAACAAGUCGCGGUAUCCUACGGCCUGUUGGCACUGUGGCUUCCAUGGACGAUAUCAAGCAUCUUGACAUGCUGAAACUGAAGAAUCGAAUCAAACAGGAAGCCUUUGAAAAGGAGUUGGCAACGAAAUACGUUUGCAUUCCGAAGGUGCGCAAGCCAGCAGAAGUGGAAGACGAGGACAACAUGGAGGCCCCGGUCGUGAAUGAGACUGCGACUUUGCGCGUUCAGCCUCCCAGUGAUGAUGGAUCGGCCGCCAAGCCUUCGGGAUCGCAGCUAGCGCAGACAGCUUUCUUCGAACAAACCUCGACGGAACAAACCAGCUCGCAUCUGCAAAGCACAAGCGUGGAGAACAGUAACAACGUUGACAUAAUGAAUUAGUAGCGAUAUGAUCGUUCUUGAUUUUCAUGAGUGAGAGUACCACAUGAUUUCAAUUUCGCUACAAAAGCACAGAACCAAACUCUUAUACUACCUUCGAUUCAAAAAUCUACAGCUGAGCACUACGAUGUUCUCGCUGCAAAUGCGUUUUUGUGGUCACGGAUAUUCCGCCUCGCACAUGAAGAGAUGCAUGGCGUGGCGCGCGUCGAGACUGCCUCUGAAACCGUAGGGUCGAGCUCCGACGCUGGUGGCGAGGACGAUCACACACCCGGCGGAACGAAAAAGGAAGACGGGACAAGACCGGGGUCUGCCGCGCUGAGCGACUUCUCAUUUAACCAGUUAGCAAUGACAGAUAAGCGCUUCGCGGACUGGCGCAGCCUGUUUGCGGGGCGUGGCAUGUUGACCCUCAGUUACCACUGCAUAGACUCGGGGAAAGUGCCAAGCGCGAAAGCGGUCGUGCGUGGAUUCGGAAACGGCAACGAGGGUCAGUUGGGAACCAGUUUUCGAUACCGAGGAGAAACAAGACCCAUGGACGUGGAGCGCUUUCUUAUGAAUCGACGACUUUUUUCAUCCAAUUUUGGUUUUUUCAUCACCAUCAAUAUGAAGAGAAUGGGUCGUGAGAAUCAAUUACUUGGGUACUGUACAACUGUCUCCUCUAAUCCAAACGGCAAGGACGUUGUCGGUUUGCAAACGGGUCGCGCCCAUUCCUUUUGCUUGGAAGCACAGGCUGGGCACGUCCUUGGUUUUGGAUCCAAUCGUGGUUCAUGUUUGGGCCUCCGCAAGGAAAUUACUGGCGUCAAUGAGCCCUACCUUCUCCGUGGCACCCGAGAGGAGCAUGUCGUUCAAGUCGCGACCUCCACCUCUGGAUCACAUACGCUGUGUCUCUGCAAUAAUGGUGCAUGAUCAUGAUCUUGUUUAGUUUGCUCUAGCAUGACGUAUUGCAGACAUCUCCGUGUCGAUUGCCUCUCUAAUAGAUUAUAAUGAAUUUCCUUACAGCUUUAUCGAGAUUGAUUGAAUUAUUUUUGUUCAUCAAGAUAACUAUGUCUCGACAAAUUGCUCACUAUCAUCACCUCAGGUACGGUGUACAGCUUUGGGACUUCUGCCGUCGGAGCUCUCGGUAUUGAAACAGAUACGAUUGAUCCGAGCGUCCAAGGGGUCUCAAAAUUCCAUGAACGUGACCGAAACGCAGAAGGCGGCAAAGCGAGUAUCUCGAAGGAUGAUCUGCAUGUUUGUGCCUGAGUUUCGAUUAAGUAUCUAGAUGGUAGACCUCUGAGAAUGAAGAACCAUGAUUACUAAUUUGAUUUUUCGUUACUAGGAAAACUCGACAGAUAUCCCACAUCAUCAUCAACACAGAAACUAUCUACCAUUCGACGCGUCCGGUGUUGCUUCGCAUGACGCGGACGAUUCCGAUGAAGCAAGUAGCCGUAGGCGCUCGUUUUUCAGUCAUGUUGGACGACACAGGUGUCUUGUACGUUUUCGGCGACAACUCUCGAGGUCAGCUCGGCAUCGAAAACAUGUCUUUGGACACAGCACAUUUGCACGAUACGCGCAAGGCCACUGCAACUGCGCUAGAAGCACAGCGCGUCCUCGCACGCGGGUCGCCGAUCAAAGGGGGGACGCGGCGCAACCCGGGGCUCGGAGAGCACCCCUUGUUUUCGAAGGAUUUCAAUAACACCGAUUUGAUGCGCGUGGGCAGCAAAAUGCUUCCACGCGUUGUAACACAGCCGAUGGCGCUGCCAGAGAAACGCCGCUGGAAACAGGUGGUCUGCGGCGACGAGCAUGUGAUCGCGUUGUCCGAGGAUGACCGCUUUUACGGCUGGGGCGCUAAUAGUGCCGGACAACUCGGAAUCGGGAAGAGCACGGACCAGUAUUGCCCGCACAUGCUUCAGCGUUUGUCGUCCGAAAAAUGGCUCAUGGUUGCCUGUGGAACCAAUCAUACUCUGGUGAUCACUGAAAACAAACUUUUUAGCGAGAAUCCGCGCGUGGCAGUGAUGGGCAGCAACGCCUUCGGACAGCUCGGACUUGGUAAAAGAUAGACUUUGGACUUGGAGGGAAUUUUCUGCGAGUAGGCCUGUUUGUCCUAUUCUUGGAGGGGUUCGAAGGACCGAAUGACUUAGUAGAUUUGACGGACUUCUCAUUCACGAUUGAUCAUGUGUAUCUAGAAAACGACUCACUCGUCUUGUUUCAGGUCGUGAGGACCCUGGUCGCGUAUGGCCGACGUGGCUGACACUUCGUGAAGACUUUGGUGGCUACCUGGGACCGAAGUCCAAGGGACGGCCGCCGAAUCAAGGAUACUACUUCUGCUGGUGCGCCGCGGCAGCAAACCACAGCUUCCUAGUGACGCGCACAGGCCACCUUUGGUGCUUCGGCAGCAAUCAGCAUGGUCAGUUAGGCUUUCCGAACGACGAAGGCAAGGAUUGGGUUAUGUACGAGCCGACAUUGGUAACAACCAUGACCCACAACGUUCGCAUGGUCUCGACAGCAGAAAGCCAUACGCUGAUACUAGGUGGUUGA